AUGUCCUCCAACUCACCACCUCCUUCUCCUGUCGCAAGUGACUCUAAAAUAGACGAAAAAGAGAUUGUGAAAACAACAACAAAAGAAGGUCCAAAUGGUACGAGCACUGGCACAAGCACUGGUACAAGCACUGGCACAAGCACUGGCACAAGCACUGGCACAAGCACUGGCACAAGCACUGGCACAAGCACUGGCACUAGCAACAACACCAGCAAUAACGCGUCAGACACAACUCCUAAUACAACCACUCCACCAUCAUUGUACUUGCCCAAAACCAUCACUUCACUAGAUUGCAAGAUCCUCCAGUACGAAUAUGGGAUAUAUAAACUCGACCAUUUCAUUGCGAGCUUGAAAAAUAUUCAACAAGCUACUACAGCAACAUCGUACGAUUUGCCAUUGCUACACUAUAUUGUUCUUUUAGCGGCAAAUACAUUUGCUAUAAAUGAAAGAGCCUUUGACCCUAAAUUAUACCUGUUGUCUAACUACAAGCCUACUUCAUUAGGUGCAAUUUCAAUUACAGCAGCAACAUCACAUAUCCCCUAUGAUAUACCGGAUUUAUCUGUUUUGGCAUUAGACAAAAUACCUUCGGUGAAGGAUGCUCGCAUUUGCCUUAAACAAUUGGAAUCAUUGAGCAAUGUGUGUUUGCAAGGGUAUCAAAAGAAACUUGUUGCAGCCAAAGCGGAAAAGUUGAAAAUGACCAAGAAUGUUUCUGAUUUUCUGGAUACUUAUUAUGGGCAAAUAGGCGAAAUAUUAUCUCGUAAUAUAUUCACAGCAAAGGAUAUUGAUUUGCAAAUCAAUGGAUUGGAUUUUAAGUUAACAGAGGACAAGGAGCUAUUGGAUAAUCAAAACUAUCAAGAAGCUUCCUUGAUAGACAUGGAUAUCAAAGAGUUGUUCACCAUAGUUGAUAGUUGCGAGCAGCUGUUGAAACAUAUCAAACAUACAAUCUCCACCUUGAAGAAAGCAAACAUGGUAGAUGCCUAUGCAAUCCACAAAAUUUUUCUCAUAACGCAACGACUAAAUGAAAUAUACACAAUUAUUCGAAGAUUUGGCAGGAAAAUAUAUUUGUCAAACCAUCAACAUUUAAUUGAUGCUAGAUUCUUGCAUCAUCAUGGCAAUUCCAACUAUUUCAAAUCGCAAAUCUUGAAAAACAUGACCGAGUUUUUUAAUUCCAUGAAGAAAAACGGCACAUUAAUAGCUAAUAUCACUCGACUUAUUAGACAGGAUGCAAAAUUUGAAGUUAAUGCAAAAGUUGCUGCGAAUCAUAUGAAUUUUGCAACACAAGGUUUAACAAUCUGUGAAAGGACAUUGCAAGUACUAAGAGAGUUUGGUGUCAGUUGGAUUGUGGCCGAACUCAAGUUUAGAAGAAUAUACAAUUUACCCAAACAGACGCUAUACUCCAUCUAUCAAUCAAUCCCAGAAUUCAAGGAGCCACCAAAACAAACACAACAAGCACAGCAAGCACAGCAAGCAAAGCAAGCACAACAAGCACAGCUGCAAUCGCAACUGCAAUCACAAAAUCAUACAAAGAAUAACUCAAUUGAGCACAAAUUGAAAAAGCUAGAUUUCAAUGAUAUAGGAAGAAGAUCACGAUCUUCAUCAGUUUCGAGCAACACGAGCAACAAUAGCAAUAACUCGUCUGCCUCGCUCAUGAAUAGAACUGCUGGUACUUCCUCCCCUAAUAAAUUAAAUGCUUUAACUUCGACUGCCGCCGCUUCCAGCAAUUCAAAUACUCCUGAAAGAAGAUCGUCCAUCUCUUCGCCUCGUCCUAGACCCAAUUCAAUGUUAAUCCAGGGAAAUAGGGUAACGAAUGGUUCUUUAUCGAGAUCGAAUAGUGUAUCAAGCAAUGAAGGUGCAGGUUCUAUUGUUGGAUCUAUCACAGGUGCAUCACCUCUGGGGAGAAGACGGUCAAACUCGAAUCCUAUCAAAUCAGAUGCUACAUCUGGAGCAGCAGCUGCAUUAAACUAUAGCAGAAAUGGCAAGGGUACUCCAAUUAAAUCUCCCUUACGCAAUCAGCAUACCAGCGGCGACUCCACUAAUGACACUGGCGAUCAAGAAUCACUUGCAGUUCCACAACCUCGAGGACAUAGUAGAAUAACAAAAAAAUUACUUGCAGUUGAAGAAGAGGAGGAUGGAAAAAUUGUACAUGAUGUAACACCUCCAAACUCUAAACUAUCUGCAGCACAAAGAUUUCAACAGCACGUGAGAAAUGCAGCAAAGGAAGGUACAUUGGUGACACAUCAACGUGAGACUUUGACAACGGUAACGUUUGAUCCCAAUAAUGCUUCCGAUUUGCAUAUUCGUCGAUAUCAUGACGCGCCAAAGGUUGAAGAAAAUUUGGUUCCGUCUGCCGCAACAGCACCUGCAACAACUGCAACACCUGCAAGACCUGUAACACCUGUAACACCUUCAGCACCUUCAGCACCACUGCAGCUACCAUCGCUGGAAGCACAAAUUAGCAUUGUUCAACAGCACCUACAGGCUGUUCCCCAAAGGAGAACAAGAGAUCAAGUAACAAGGCAGAAUACAAAGAGGAAUUCACACAUCCCAGAUAUACCGCCAAUUACACAACCUCCACCAGUAUCUGCAUCAACGCUUGCUAUCGCCGAUAAUGAAUCAAACUCCACUACAACAACAACAGCAACAACUAAUUCAUCAAUUUCGUCAUCGACAAUCAACACUGAACAACAUGUCCAUCAACAAGCUGAUCUGGAGCAAGAGCAAGGCAGACAGAAGAGUACGACUCCAGAUGUUCAAGAUGAUACGCGUAGAGCAACAGGGAACAACUUAGAAGGCAAUGAAAAUGGAGUUGGUAACGGUGGCGAUGAAGAAGAAGAGACCACCACAGUCAUUUUCAAAAAAGUUCGGUUUAUUGGUGUUCCUGAAUAUACUGAAGCUGAAGAUGCGCCAACGAAAUAUAGCCAUGCCCUUUUACGAAAUUUUGCAUAUUUUAGAAACCCACAUCGCUCGUCUACUGCUAAAGCACAGAAAUUUACCAAGAGUGAUCAGUUCUUGCAAGAGGAGAGUUUGUCAUUUAGGGCCAAUCAACAGAUUAACGGCGAUAAUGCGGAAGAUGUUGUAGUACCGCAACCACCACCUGGAGCAGGUUUAGCGUCUAAAAUUGCGCCAAAACCUAAAGGUGGAUUAGCAAGCAAAUUCAAGAGUAAAUUGUUGUAA